UAUUGCACAUUAAAUUAAUUUAUUAAUAGAAAAUAAUUAAAAAGUCGCACUAUAUUCUCCUUAGCGUCAAGAAGCAGCAGCGGCAGCUGAACCAGAAGAAAUUAGGGGGAGAAAAAGUAAAAAACAACAAAAAAAAAGUCUCAUUUCUUUCAAGGAAUUCGAUCGUUCGUAUAUAUACGCAACCUCAUUUUUAUCCGUGGGCUUCAUUUUUUGCCCUUGAAUUCAAUUUGGCAGAUCUGAUUCAUGAACGAUGGCUUCCAAACGGAUCUUGAAGGAGCUAAAGGAUUUGCAGAAAGAUCCUCCCACUUCCUGUAGCGCGGGACCUGUUGGUGAAGACAUGUUUCACUGGCAAGCCACUAUAAUGGGUCCACAAGAUAGUCCUUAUGCAGGAGGGGUGUUUUUAGUCACCAUUCAUUUCCCCCCUGAUUACCCAUUCAAACCUCCAAAGGUAGCAUUCAGGACAAAAGUUUUUCACCCGAAUAUUAAUAGCAAUGGGAGCAUUUGCCUUGAUAUCUUGAAAGAACAGUGGAGCCCUGCCUUGACAAUUUCCAAGGUGUUGCUCUCGAUCUGUUCACUCUUGACGGACCCAAACCCGGACGACCCCUUGGUACCUGAAAUCGCGCACAUGUACAAGACGGACAGGACCAAGUACGAGCAGACUGCUAGGAGCUGGACCCAGAAGUACGCGAUGGGUUAAACCGACAUCAUGCCUCCCUCCCCCCUCCCCGAUGGCUUAGAUUUGCAUUUAUGUACAAAUUAUAUUGUUCUUGGCCAUGUUCUUGUAAGAAGAGCUUGAAACUGACAAGCAAUGGUGGUUUGAAUUGUUCAUAUGGAAUGUCUAUGCAGAAAUGACUGGAUUCGUCAAUCGAUCUUGUUUUUUGGUAAAACUGGAUUUAGUUUAUUGAUCUUGUUUGAUCAAUAUACUCAUUAGUUAUUUACUAUAAACUACAUUUGUGAA